AUGUCUGCGCUCCCGGCCAGCGUAUCUCAGCGGUGGGCGGCGGCUCAUGGUCUUGGCUCCCAGCACAAAGCCGUCAAGUAUUUAGGCCAGGACUUCGAGACCCUGAGGAGGCAGUGCUUGGACUCGGGGGUCCUGUUCAAGGACCCCGAGUUCCCAGCGUGCCCGUCAGCCUUGGGCUACAAGGACCUUGGACCACACUCCCCCCAGACUCGAGGCGUCGUCUGGAAGCGACCCCCGGAGCUGUGUGCCAGCCCUCAGUUUAUCGUUGAUGGAGCCAGGCGCUCGGACAUCUGUCAGGGAGACCUGGGUGACUGCUGGCUCCUGGCGGCCCUGGCCUCCCUCACCUUGAACGAAGAGCUGCUUUACCGCGUUGUCCCCAGAGACCAGGACUUCCAGCAGAACUACGCGGGGAUCUUUCAUUUCCAGUUCUGGCGGUACGGCGAGUGGGUGGACGUGGUCGUGGACGACAGGCUGCCCACCGAGGACGGGGAGCUGCUGUUCCUUCGCUCCGGGACGGGCGGCGAGUUCUGGGGCGCCCUGCUGGAGAAGGCCUACGCCAAGCUCAACGGCUCCUACGAGGCUCUCACGGGAGGGUCUCUGGUGGCGGGGUUGCAGGAUCUCACAGGCGGCAUCUGUGAGUGUUACGACCCGAGGAAGCCUCCGGCCGGCCUGUUUCAGAUCGUCCAGAAGGCCCUCCGCGCGGGGUCUCUGCUGGCCUGCUCCAUCGAUGUCUCCAGUGCAGCCGAGGCAGAAGCAGAGACCACAACCUCCCAGAAGCUGGUGAAGAGCCACGCGUACUCGGUCACUGGCGUCGAAGAGGUGGAUGUCCGGGGCCAUCCCGAGAAGCUGGUCAGACUCCGGAACCCGUGGGGCGAAGUGGAGUGGACGGGGGCGUGGAGUGACAGUGCACCAGAGUGGAAUCACAUCGAUCCCAGGAGGAAGGAGGAGCUGGACAAGAGAGCCGAGGACGGGGAGUUCUGGAUGUCAUUUUCGGAUUUCUCGAGGCAGUUCUCCCGGCUGCAGAUCUGCAGCUUGUCCCCGGACUCCCUGAGCGGUGACCAGCUGCACAAAUGGAACCUGGUCCUGUUCAACGGCCGCUGGACGCGGGGCCCCACCGCCGGGGGCUGCCCGAGCUUCCCAGCCACUCACUGGACCAAUCCCCAGUUCAAAAUCCAUCCGGACAAGGUGGAUGACGGCCAGGGGGGGCUCGGCGAGCCCCACUGCACGGUGCUGCUGGGUCUGCUGCAGAAGAAUCGCAGGCGACAGGAGAGGACAGGAUAGGGCCUGCUCAGCAUCGGCCUCAGUGUCUACAAGGUACUUCCGGAGCUGGGCCGUCCUUCAUUCCACACUGGGGGGGUCCCCAAAGACGUAAGCAAGCACCUGCAGAGGCGUCUUCCUCCCACACCAUCCCAAGAGCUGCUGACCCUGGCAGGUGGCAAAGACCAGCAGAGCCCAGCCGACGCGCCCCCGGUCCGGGACUUCUUCCUGGGCCGCCAGCCCACGGCCGGCUCCGACUGCAGCUGCCCCCGGGGGAACCUGCUGGUGCGGCCCUUCCAGGACGGCGACUUCUGCCUGAGGGUGUUCUCGCAGGGCAAGGCCACAGCCCUGUGCGCGUCCUGUCCCUCCGUGAUGCCGGGCAGGCGGGGUUCCCGGGCGGGGGCGCACAGGGCCGACAGGGAGACGGGAGGUGUGGUAGCCGGAAACCCACAGGAGGGCUCAGCCGUCGCACCUGCCCCGAGGCGCUUUCCCGGCUGGCGGCUCUCGGUCACCGGAGCUGCCCGGGCCCCACUCGCAGCAGUGGCCCAGCCUCCUGGUGGACCUCUCCCCAGCCCCCCGCCGCCUCUCUCGCUGCCGUCCCGGGGGGUCCGAGAGGCCGGUGUGCCCGCGUGGAGGGAGCGGCCGCACCCCCGGGAGGUGGGCCAGGAGGACAGCCAGCCCGGGAGCCUGCUGGGGAAGGUUGCGGGGAAGGUGAGGUGGAGGCCCGGGCGCAGCUCCAGCAAGGUGCCUGUAACGCUGUACGCCCGCUCGCCCCUGCCGUUCCGGGUGGUCUUGAGCAAAGCACUCAACCUCUCUGGGCCUCAGUUUCCCUCUCCACAGAAUGGGGAUGCCGAAACAGACGUAAAAUUCGGGGGAUUCGACAUCAACACUUGCAGGGAGAUGAUCAGCUUGAUGGACGGACCCCAGAGCCAUGGAAAGGGCACCCUGGGGCUGGCAGAAUUCAGGGUGAUCUGGCUGAAGAUUCAGAGGUACCUGUUGGUUUAUGGGGAAACCGAUCACACCCACUCGGGGGCCGUCGACGCCCACGACCUGAGGGUGGCCCUCAGGAAAGCGGGUUUCACGCUCAGCAGCCGGGGGCAGCAGACCCUUGCCCUGUGGUACAACGGCAGAUGCUGCAUCGACUUUGAUGGCUUCUCUGCCUGUGUGACCGGCCCGGAGGCCCUCUUCGAACUGUUCAGGCUGCUGGACGAGGACCAGAGUGGCAGCUCUUCCUCUUUGAGGAACCGCUUGCUGCCGUGGAUCCAGGGGCCCACAGAUCCCGGGGCCCGGACGGCCAAGAUCCGCGCGCGGGUGGCCGGGCUCCGGGGAGAGCCCCCUGGGCCGCGAUCCUCACUGUGUGUGCGGGCGGAGAGCAGGGAGGGGGCAGGCUCUCUGGGGCGCUCGCAGGGCACAGACCCGGUCACGGGGACCCCACCUGCUGGGGCUCAUCAGAUCCUGGUCUCCUCCCGCGGGCCCCGCCGCCUACAGCUGGUGCCUGGGGUCCAGCUUCACGCGUGGAUGCGAGGGGGACAGCCACUCAGCCCCUGCCAGCGAGCUGCUGGAGAGAAACCACGCACACGCCUUGGCCCCUGCGGCUCUGGUGGAGGCUGCGUCAGCCGGUCGGCCUCCCGGAAUCCGGGGCUGCACCGCGUGGUCCCCGGGGAGGUCCCCGUGGUGUCCUGCGCCUCCCCUAUCUGCGCGCUCUCCACCGACCCGUCACCGCGUGCUUCCGCAGCUCCCUGGAGCCCAGAGCAGCUUGGAGCCCAGGAGCAGACCGCGGCCCCACCGUGGGCAGCAGGGGCCCCUCCCGCGAGCUCCCGAUGUCCUGCCGUGUGCCCCCCGCCAUCGGCAGCCACCACGUUACGGGUGUGGGACUGCGGUCCAAGCAGGGACGGGGACACGUGUCCUGGAACCGUCCACCUUCAGUCCCGUGGGACCGGCCACGUGCACGUCCGGCUUGGGGUCUUUGCAAAGGAUGACAUCAGCCACCCGCUGGCGGACGGCCCGCCGGCAAUGGGGCAAAGCGCCACCACUGGAGUUUGCACGUCGUAA